GCACGUCAAAAGAGCGGAGGGAAUCCCAAUUGAUAAGGCCGGGCGGGCACCACUUGGCUCGAGUUGGUUUAGUUCUUUUUAUUUUGCUGGUAGGCGGAAAGUUCAAGUUCGCGGUGGAGCUCAACCACAGCAUCUAUUCGGUGAUCCCAUUCCCCGCUUUCAUGAAUUAGUAUUCGGCGGAAAGCUCUCUGUCUGGUCUGUGGGUUGCUCUCUCUCUAACCAUUAUGUUCACUUUUAGCUAUCUCUUCCAGAAUUUCCGUGGACUUUCGGUUUGUGUCCUAUUGUCGUCUCAAACUCCCCGGGGUCUCGGAUAAUUCAUUUGGCUCUCUUUAAACCUCCCCCAGCGACGAAACGGUUCCGUUCUUUUCCUCCCCGCCCUCCCCGUGGACCGAAGAUGCCAUUCUGAAGCUCUCCCGUGAUCCCCUCCCAAACAAUUCUCGUCGACGUCAUCGGUCCGUGGAUUGCUUGCCGGAAAAAAAUAUACACUAUAUGCUACCUCUGGAAACUCCCGAACUUUUUCCAUCUCUCCAUCCCCCAUUCUGUUUGACGCUUCUAAGAGGAACGCAACUAGUUCAUCAUGCGGCGCCAUGGCAGGUCCGGCGGAGGCUCGACCAAAGCCCUCGCGCCGGUGUCUGAUACGGUCUCGUUAAUCCAUUCAUUCGACUCGGUCACGAAUCCCAAUCGCCCGGUCCGCCCUUCCCCCUUAGCCUUCUCUCAUAUUCAAGCUCUUCCGUUGGAUCUGGUCGACCGAUUGCGCUCGUUCCCAUUGUUUCAGUCUACUCCGGAGUCCUUUUUGAACGCGGUGGGACGGCAUCUGCGCCCCCAACUCAAUCAAGCCAAUGAUUAUAUUUUGACGGAAGGGGACGAGGCCAAGGCGAUAUAUUGGUUGGUCCGGGGUGCAGUCUCCGUUACUUCGCGCGAUGGCGAGAGUGUAUAUGUAGAUCUUGAGCCAGGCGCUUUCUUUGGUGAAAUAGGCGUGCUGAUGGAUCGUCCGCGGACCGCCACCAUUAUCGCUCGCUCCAGAUGUCUGCUGAUCGUCUUAACGAAGGAAGACUUUAGAAAUAUCCUGCCUCGCUUCCCAGAUGUGGAGCAAGCCAUCCGAGAUGAAGCCCAAGAAAGGCUGAUGCUCUUGGAGAAGAAGAAGAAGGAGACAUCCGCGCCUCCAGUGGAUGAUAUUAUAUCUCGCAGAGGGAAUAAACGGCUGAGAGAAACUUUCUCUAAGGACAUGUCUCUUGCGGAGCAAGAGGGCACGGUGUUGAACUGGAAGUCGGUCAACAAGAAACGCAAAUCUCCCAGCCCUGGGUUAGCGGAUGGAGUUUCUUCGAGCGCACUCGCCAACGGACUUGUUAACGUGCGUCUUUUACUCAAAGAACUACCUCUAUUCGCCGGUCUUCCAGGGGACAUCCUUCAUUUCUUAGGCCUUAACGCCCAACCCCGGUCGUAUCCUCCGUUCACCGACAUUAUCAAGCAGGACUCCCAAGGCCGGGAGAUCUACUUUAUCGUUCGUGGCGAAGUUGAAGUAUUGACGGAACGUACACACUCAGAGGAUGCCUCGCAUUCCAUGCCAAACACCAUUGAACACCCGGGCUUUGAAGUGAAAGCGCGGCUAAAAGCAGGUCAGUACUUUGGUGAGGUUGUAAGUCUUUCUCUAGCGCCUCGCAGGACUGCAACAGUACGUACUAUCAACGCGGUUGAGUGUCUUAUGAUUAGCGGUGAUGUCCUUGCCGAGUUUUGGGAGAAGUGCCCCCAUGAUGUUCGGGAGCAGGUGGAGAAAACUGCCAAAGAGCGGCUGCAAUCGGCAGCUGAUGGCGAUGUCGUAAUGGCUGAAGCGGAUGGUGUUGGACAAUUCGUUGGCGAUAGCAACUUUAAAGUCAGCGCCUCGCGACGCCGGUCGAUGCCCCUCCUCACACUCACGGAAACUGAACUGGAUGGUCCGCAUACCAACAAGGCAGAUGACCAAGCCGUAUUACGUCCCUCGGAUCCAGAUCCAUUCCUCAAUGUCGGCUUAGACAAGGUCCGAUUGAAAAGUAGGCGCGGAUCCGUCGCUCCGUUGACGCCAGAGGAGGUCUCCGGGGAACAGCAACGGCCGUCACCACCAUCUGAACCACGAUCGACAAGCUCGUCGUUUCUCACCCUGCCCGAGGCUGCUGUGUCGACAACCCUCAAAACGCAGCGCGAGUCGCACAAAGUGAAUCGCGGCGUUUUCCCUGACAAUAUCUUGGUGAGGAUUUUUAACCAUCUAGACCUUCAUCAUCUUUUUCGAGUACGGGCAGUCUCUCUACAUUGGUCAGAGAUCAUCAAUACAUCCACAGAUCUGCUGCAUGAUCUGAACUUAAGCAUGUAUAAUCGACAAAUUACCGAUGACGUGUUAGUGAAAAUCAUAUGUCCAUUCGUUGGGAAUAGGCCCCGCUCUGUUGAUAUUAGCAAUUGCUUUCAUAUCACCGAUGAGGGAUUCAAUAAACUGGCUGCCACAUGCGGCUCCAACGUCGCCGCGUGGAAGAUGAAAAGUGUGUGGGACGUCACUGCAUCCGCCAUCCUUGACAUGGCGAGCACGGCAAAAGGACUGCAAGAGGUGGACUUGAGCAACUGCCGGAAAGUCGGGGACACGCUCUUGGCUCGGAUUAUUGGUUGGGUCAUGCCUGGGCAACACAAAGAUGAACCUGUGAAGACGAGCAAAGGGGUCCUUAAGCCCACCAUGCAAACCGCAGCUGGUGCUGUCUUCGGUUGCCCCAAGCUGACGAAAUUGACGCUGUCAUACUGUAAACACGUCACCGACCGGUCAAUGCACCAUAUUGCGUCCCAUGCUGCUCACAGGAUCGAACAAAUGGACUUGACACGCUGCACCUCUAUCACAGACCAAGGUUUUCAAUAUUGGGGGAACGCGCGAUUCACCAAUCUGCGGAAGCUUUGUUUAGCCGACUGCACCUAUUUGACUGACCAAGCUAUUGUUUAUUUGACCAACGCUGCUAAGCAGCUACAGGAAUUGGAUCUGUCGUUUUGUUGUGCAUUAUCAGAUACAGCAACAGAGGUCCUUGCUCUUCAGUGUUCCCAAUUGACUUAUUUGAAUAUGUCUUUUUGUGGUUCUGCAAUCUCCGACCCUUCCCUGCGCAGCAUUGGCCUUCAUCUUUUGCACCUGAAGCGACUAUCGGUUCGUGGCUGCGUUCGAGUGACUGGCGCGGGGGUAGAAGCAGUGGCUGACGGCUGUAACCAGCUGGAGUCGUUUGAUGUCAGCCAGUGCAAGAACCUCACGCCCUGGCUCGAAGAUGGCGGACAUUCGAAAUAUCAGAACAAGAUCAGGUUUGAGACAGUGGCUCAGAAUGGUAGAGUAUUUCGAUGACUACCGCACAAUUCUAGCCCAUCCGUAUGGGUUCCACAUCGCUUGUUGCUGCGCAAUAUGAUGGCCUUGUCGGCCUGGGUCACUUUACUACUAGUUGGCUCCUAUAUCACCUCACAUAUCCGAAAACUUAUUGUUUAAUAUUGACUUUUCUUUCGUUAUAUUUUUCCCUCAUGCCGCAUUCGCUUCGUGUACCUCGGUGUUCUGUUCCCAGGAGUUGUUUUUUUGUCUUCACGGCCUUCAGUUUCCCACCUUAUCAUGAUUGAUGACCGUUAUGGGUCUCUUGAUUUGCGCUGGUGCAGGGCGCAUUUGUCUCGCUUCGUUUCCUCCACCCUUGUGUCAUUGUUCUCGAUCGGGAUGCUUUCCACUAUUUCUGUCGACGUUAUAUGGGCAUGGCAGGUGUUUAACUCUGAAGGGAAGGGCAUUUGGCAGCAUAAAUUGCUCCAGGAUCAGCUUCAUUUUACAUUGCAUGGUAGGAGCUGAUCAAUCUCUAGUUUUUCUUGGAACGUCUCUAUAUGUAUCUUAGAAUCAUCUUCGCUAUUUUCCCGUCUCA